AAGGACCAGCCCGCCUUUACGCUCCAACGGUACAUGCUUCCGAUGUUCUACGCUCGCCGACAAAAGAAUCUGCAGCUGGUUGCUUCCUUGACGGUUACUGCAAAUAUAUUUGGAACAAAGUCGGAAGACGACGAACAGAAAACUGGCGUGACCGGACGGAAGGCCGGGCGGCCCCGUCGGACAUUGUCCCGCACUGACCCAGUGGCCGUAGCCCACAAUGGCGGGCGGCCGGGCCGUGACGCCUAUAUGUCCCCGGCGGUGGCCCCGGCGCAGUUGCUCCGAGAUGCCGGGCUGCGCGAGCUGUCGGUGGCCAGCGAUCGGCGAUGGAAGGCUGCUGCUGCUGCUGCUCCUUGUGGUCCCUUGCCCGCCCACCGUGGGACAGCCUCGCUUAUCCGGCCUGGAGCGGCGGGUGCUGCUCCGGCGGGGCGGCAACCUGACGGGCCUGCUGGCGCUGCUGGCGCCGCUGGCCGCGCUGCCGCUGAUCGCCGGCACGGCGCUGCCGCUCAGCAUGGCGCCGCUGCUGGCGCCCGCCGUGGGCACGGUGCUGGGACGCCGGCGCAGGAGGGACCUGCUCGCCGCGUUCGUCGGAAACAACGAGGAGCAGACGCAGCAGCAGGACGAGGUGCUCGCGGGCUACCUGCAGUGCAGCGGCAUGCUGGCCGCCGACAACCACUGCCUCGAGCGGCUAGCGUGCCAGUUCUCGGCCGAUGCGCUGCGCGGACCACUGCACAAGGACGUUGCCUCGCUGGUCAUCUACACCCUCCUCAGGAACCGAUUCAUCCCGGAGCGCUUCAAGCAGCGGCUGCGCUUGGCGGCCCGCCAGGCGCGCCCUUCGUCUUCGCCCGCGCACUGCCUGCGGCGCUUCCCCUGCGCCCAGCAGCGCCGCCCAGCGCCGCUGCCGUCGUCAUGAGCCGGUCGUGUCGGCACAUUGUGGAAUACAUAUUCGGCGCCCUCUUGUGUGCGAUUCUGACGGGCCAGCGGAGACGCCAGCGGGGACGGCCGCACGAAAGGAAGAGAUCGGUGGAUAUUGAGCGGAGUAGAAUUGGUGUAUGUGCUCGGAGAAGAGUUGCGCGUCGGUCCGCCAUCUUGCCCGCCGACGCAUCCAUGUUAAGCAGGAAAGCCCCUCCUGCUGAAUGCAGGAAACGGCGCGGCUCAGCAGCCAAGUGUGCUUGCUCGUUCGUUCCGCGUCAUUGGCAGCUGGAAUUGACUUUCACAUCAAAGGAAAACUCGAAGAAAUAACGAAGUUAGAUAAAAUUGAUUCUAUAAAUUGUU